GUGCGCAGUGUCCUUUGGCAGCCCUGGCUUUCCGCACUCCUUCCGCUCCGGGACUCAGUCAGGACUCAGUUGCUGUCGGGAGCGGACGUGCGAAAAUCGGGAAAAGUAGCCCCCUUCGAAGAACGACGAGCCACCCACUACCCACCCACCACAAACAAACAAACCACCGCCCACCAAAACCACCCAAAGCGAAAACCACCCAGCAAACAAAAAAGCAAUCACCUUGAAAACGGCGUAGGGUGAAUAUAUUCAGAAAGUUAGAUAGCAGGAGGAGCACGGCCUCAAAGUGGGCCACCAAAUCAACAAGUCGUAAAUUAGCCGUGAACUAGGCCCAACCCAACCCAAAGGAAUCUCGACCAGGCGGAGACCCCGUUCCUCGAUAAAAAAUGGCGCGGCGAAAGGACAAGCCGCGGGUGAUUCCCGAGCAGGAUACGCGCAUCUGUCGCGCCAUCUGCCUCUGCCAACUGACCAUGGUGCUGUCCUGCGUGUCCAUCGUCUACCUGAGCGUGGCCAUCUACUCGCCCUCCCUAAAGUGGGUAUCCCAUUUGCUCCUAAUUAAACCCCCCCUAAAAACAUAUACCUCACUCAUAAAUAAAUCCCUUUUUAGGGCUUUCAAGUCGGGCUUCGAACACGAUCCCGUCAUGUGCCAAACGGUGGACCGUCAGAUGCCCAACAACUGUCCUUGGGCAUCCUGCGGCGAAUGGUGCCUGACCAAGACCAGCGGCUUCUGCCCCCAAAUCCACUCCAUAGUCCGUCGAAACGGCACCGACAUCCAGCUGAACAACUGCACGCGGGUGUCCAACACCUCCUGCUCCAUGAUUGACCUGAGUCGCCUGAACAAGUUCAAUUGCAACAAUGGAACGGCCUGCAAUAACAUCAGAGGAGUAUUCAACUGCUCCAAUGGGCACUGCAAGAAUAUGUCGGAGUUCUUCCUGUGUCACCACAAGGCCGAUGGAACUACGAUCAACUCGCAGAAGGAUAAUACCAAGCUGAAUGGAUUUUUUGAGUGCCAUGGGGUUCAUUGUACGAAAAUAAAGAAGCCCUUUAGUUGCGAUCGAUACUGCUCUAAGAUUACGACGACAAAUGUUAACACCCUGAUCAUGCAUGAAGACAAUGUCAUCGCAGCUGAUUGUGAGAAUGCAGUGGCUUUUAACCAAGCCCGUGGAUCCGAGCACGGAGUUCGCAUUGAGCCCUUUGAGUUCUGGAAGGAGGACGAUGGCAACCUGCUGACCAACUGCGCUACAGUAACCCGGGAAUCCGACAAUCGCAUCACUGCCACAGAUUGCCUGAAUGGAACUCUCUUGGAACACGAUACUCUGCCCGCUCCCUACAUGAACUUCACGCAGUUCUGGGCGAUCUACGAGAACAGCACCAGAUCGGUGGAUCCCGAGCAGAAGUACCUGCCCAACCAGGCCAACCUGACCAUCUACAGCUGGAAAAAGCUGUUCAUCAACCUGGAGGGCUGUGUGAAUACGCUGCGAGGGGAGUGCAAGGACUUCGUGGCUCGCUAUGGCAACGAUGGCGACAACAACACCGCCCAGUCACGCUACCAAUGUUACUACAACAAGGAUUCAAACGUGGAGUUUGUGGUGGCACGCUACGAUUUGGAUAAGGUUUACAGGGAGCUACUCCUGGCGCUAAUUGUACCCAUUGUGCUGUUUGUGGUGUCAUCUAUAUCGUUAUGCAUCAUCACCAAGUCUGUGAAGGUGGGUGAUGAUGCCAAAAUGCGAUGUGUUUGUGCCGGCGAUGAUUCCGACAACGACCAAGUAUUUGGUGCAGGAUUGGCCAACAAACCGCAGGAUCAGAUGUACGAUACGGACGACGACGUGGUCGAUCUGGAGCACCAGGCCAUUGGAGGUCAGGAGUUGUCGGACCAAGGACAAGAAAUGAUAGGAAGCACGAAAUCCCUAAUACCACUGAGUCCUGCUGGAGAUUCAGGAACCAGUGAGCAGAAUUUCGACCAGGAGCAGGAGAAGGCCACAACCUGCGAUGUGCCCGAGAAACCACUGGUCAUACUUUAAGCAUAUUUAAUGGAAAAGAAAAGGAUCCCGAAGAGGAUUACCUUUGGAAGACCAUAGCGAAAACAGCACCAAACUUUAAGGACCUGUGCAUUGUACAAGAGGAACUGAAUUUAAAUUCUACUUAGCGCAUUUAUACAACGUUUACACAAACUAUCAGAUAAACGAAACGGAUCUUAACUUUUCUUGGUUGAAUAACGAUAAUCACACAUAGUUACUGGAUAAUAGCCCCCAGAUGAAGGACAUGACCGAGCUUUAUAUACCCGAUUCUCACUCUAAACGUUUAAGCAGAUGCGCCUUAGACAAAGUGGCAUUUAUCUAGAUUAUAUAGCAUUAACCGAACAACAUCUGCUGAAGAAGAAAAAAUGAAAAGAACACCAAGACAGACCAAGAAUGCAGUCUCCUUUAGAAAUAGGAUACAGGCAUCCGAAUCGCCUUAACUUUCGACUUUGUAGCUAUGCAAAUAUUCAAACUUUUCUUAAAAUAUGUAGUUGAACGAAGGAACAACAGUACCUACUUAUAUCUGAUAUACUUAAACUCGUAUUAUAGCAACAAUAAAACACCAUUUGGAAUUCUCUCUACAAA